UCAGUACACUACUACUAUAUACUAACAUUAGUACUCUACCUUGGACGACUAAAUCAGGGACUUGAGUUUACCAGACUUAAGAAUGAGUGACUCUGAGGACAGUGUUAGGGGCUCCCCUCUGGCUAUGUCACCUCCAGUGCCGCUGGUAGAUAUGGGGGAUGCCGAGCGCGACGAGAAGCCCCUGCUACCUGGCACUCUUAACUUACCUAACCUGGCGGAUCCGGAGAAAUACCCUCAGCAAAUUCAGGAGGCCGUGUCUCAGGUGCUGAAAGGGUACGACUGGUCCCUGGUGCCCAUGCCUGUUCGGGCUAAUGGAGGAGAGAAGAGAAAACCUCACAUCAAGCGGCCGAUGAAUGCCUUCAUGGUUUGGGCACAGGCUGCACGACGGAAGUUGGCUGACCAGUAUCCACACCUUCACAACGCUGAACUCAGCAAGACCCUUGGGAAACUCUGGAGGUUGUUGAAAGAGGACGAAAAGAAGCCAUUCAUAGAUGAAGCGGAACGUCUGCGUGUCCAACACAAGAAAGACUACCCAGAUUACAAGUACCAACCGCGGCGGCGAAAGCCACUGAAGGGAGCGGGGAACAGUGUGGGAGACGGGAACUCUGUGUCCUCAUCUUCUGUGAUGUUCAAGACCCUCCAGGACAACUCUCCAUCCUCUACCCUUAGUGACGGCGAAUGUUCCAGCGACUGUUCUAGCCAAACCACCAGUAACCAUGGUCCCCCAACACCACCUACCACCCCGAACCAACACGACAAAUGCAGCAUGGAACGCUCCAGAGCACGGGUUGUUCACCCAGGUCAUCGUCAAGCUCAGCCUAUCGACUUCAGUCGGGUUGAUAUGCACCAACUGAGCACAGAAGUUAUCAGCAUGGACAACCUAAAUGAUGACGAGCUUGACCAGUACCUACUGCCGAACGGUGCACCAAAUCCUUACCAUCCACUGAACAGCCAAGCUGCCAACCAAGGAGAUCCCAAUUAUCCAGCUUUCAGUUACGGUCCCACAUCUUCCACCCAGACGACCUGGGCUUCACCGUACCGAGUCUCCAGUGGAGUGCCGUCGUAUGCCAUGUCAUCUAUGAACAACAACAACAACAUUCCACCUCACUACGAGAUGUCCCACCAGCACUCGCCGCCACAGGCUCCACCUCAGCAGCAGUCCCCACCCCUGGCUCACAUGAACUCUUCUCUUCCUUCCAACGCUCAUGGUACUUACCAGGGCUCAAACCAGUGCAAAUACAGAGACCUUGACCAUCCUGUCAAACUGGAGCACCUGUCGCCACACCACGAAUCCUACAACCGAGAAAAUCACACCUACGAUGUCCCCACAACACAGAGGUUCGAUGUAGACAGUAGCCAAACCUCGCCCACCCAAUAUUCACCAAACAACGUACCAAAUAGCUUUUUAGGGCACAGUUUGCCAGUGAACGGCGCUCCUCCGCCAGCCUACCCUUUCAUGGGACUUCCAAUGCCGAAACCAAUGUUCAACGCCAUCUCUGUGACAGCUGACCAGCAGUGGGACCGCUACACGUGAGACCGCUAUAGAUGUGCACAAUACCAGGCACUGCUCAUCGCGCUAAAAACUAUACACUCGCCAUUGACUGGAACUGUCACCAUAGAUCUCAGAACAAUAUGGACUAUCGGGCCUGGGCCAUUGGAACCCUAUUUUGCCGAGUCAUGCCUUGUUCCAGUGUCACAGAUACACCAAUACAACAUCCGGGUUGAAGCCUUCAGAUGAUUUCAUAGUGCUCAAAUAUAAACCAUAUGUGCCAUCGAAUGGACGAAAACUCUUGAUCGUGCCUUGAUUAUGCAACUCUUGUGAUUUCUGGCUUGCAAAUUAUACACCCAGAGACAUAUUUUAAAGUAUUGUUUGAUACCUGUAUUUCACCGACGUGCUAUCUUGGACAGAGUUAAACGUUGGUGGGCCUAGGUGACAGAAAGGGUCCUGAGAACCUCUCAUAGCACGUGGUAAAUUGGGGUUUAUUUAGAAGCCUUGCAGAGAAAUCUUAUAUAUUAAAGGUGCUAUUUUAUGGAGCGUCUGAGUUGAUAACAUGCAGGAAAUGGCGAACUAGCGGACAAUCUGGACACAUUUAAUGAGGUUGAUAAAACAAUCGGCUAGACAAGAGGCAAUGUGGUUAUACUUUAGUACUGUAGUAUCUGGCCAGUCGGCUGACUAAGCCACAGAGCAGCGGGAAAUGGUGCCGCGGGUCAGUACUGGCAGGCCCAACUGCGGCUUCAUCACAUAGCAAAAUAGACCAGUAAAUUAGCUCAGUUUGUUUAGACAUUUUGUGUAAGUUUUGUAUUUGUGUUCACGAAAAUUCAUUUUCUUUAAAAAGCCGAACAAGUGGAGAAGUUGUUAAUGUACAUAGUGUAUAGGCUAGAUAGAGUGGCUGAAUGAGGUCAGUUCGGACAGCCUUCUCUUCUGACGCUAUCAUACCCAGCUACCACACGCACGACGCAGGCCCCCGGCUAUCCUUAUCUGCUUCUCUCUUAGAUAUACGAUUUAGUUCGAAAGCUUUGUUCCGCUCGGGUAAUGCUAUUGUUUUAAUUAUGUGUCAAGCCCCCAUGACAAUAGCCCGCUCUAAGAGCCACGUUACAGCCUCGGUGAUUGGGUGAUGUCCUGGUACAGCUAAAAUUUCUGUUACUAACGGCGGUAUAACUCAAUCAUCCUGCGCACUUUACCACCGAGACAGUCCCAGUGUAACUUGUAACUGGCAGUGUCCACCGAAUAUCUCACUAUUUCCCGGUGCUAUAUUUUAAUACUGACUAAAAUUUGAGUCAUCGAAAUUUCUGAAGCGUGAUUCACUAUUGUGAGAUAUGACAAACCUGGUUAGCCCUUAUAGCAAUACGUCCGCAGUGUGUGACAUUUACCAUACAUCGAGAAGAGCCUUAACAACUUGAUAUUAUUUAUUUUUUGAGACUCCGAAAAGUCAAUCUAUGCAAACUAUACCCAAAACAUUUAUUGUAAAUAACCAUUGUGUCAAUUGAUAACUUUAUCUAU